AUGAAAAACAACCCCGACUUAGAGAAAGACUAUAUAUUUAACAAUUUAGUCAAAAGAGACAAACAAGAAAGAAUGCCGGGCUUCAAACUUCAGAAAGGUGACAAAGUAAAAAUAGAAAUACCUAAACGCGACCCAUAUGAAAAUACUAUUGACUAUGACAACAAUGGGAACUCGACAGGUACUCACGUUCGUGUUCGUAAAAAUAGAAGAAAGUAUACAAGAGAAUAUUAUGAAGUUUUAGGCAAACAUGGCAAAAUGUACAGACUGCAAGCAGAAGAUAAAACUACUAUUGUCAGACCUCGUUUCAAACUUGUCAAAGUUCAAGGUGGUAUAUUUUCAAAGACAGUUCCUAACAAAUAUAAGACAACUCCUGACGAAUAUGCUAAAGAAGUUGAAAAUGACGACUAA